UCCUUCAUGGGACAGCUGCUCUCACAAAGAUUAAUUUCUUUCUUAGAUCCAUUUCUUCUGGGUCUAUGUCUUCCAGGAGAGAUAAAAUUUGGUAGGAAAAAUUGGGGCUGUUAAACUGGAACAUUUUCCCAAAGAAGGUGCAAAAGACAAGAGAUCAUGUAUGAAGCCAGGAAAAGAGAAAGAGUUGAAAGAGACAGUUCCCUAUCUUCCCAUCUGCCCUCAUCUUCAUCCGUCUGGAGGUGCUCAGAGGGCAGAACAGAAGGGAGAAGGGUUUGUGUGCUCAACAUCCGCCUCGAUUUCUGAGCACCCUGCCAGACAGAAGGUUUUGCUGUGUCUCUGCAGCUCCAAGCAGCACCAGUCCUGCCUGCAAGACCCUUGGAACAGGGGCCCUUCUCCUGGGUGCCUCUAGGAGAGCCGAGCCGAGUCGCCCCCUCCUGCAUGCCACUCUCCCACCACAUAGCUGCUCUCUGCAUCCCUCUUUUCUUCCUCUCCCUCUUCCCUCCACUGUCCUCAUCUUCUUUUACCACACUCCUCAUUCCUUCAUCCUCCCCUCUUCUGCGCUCCCCUCAUCCCUCUGCCCAUCUCCUUGCGCCUCCCUCUCCCGCUUUUAUUUUCCAUCCCGGUAUCUCCCCCCGCUCAUCUUUGUUCUCCUGCCCUGUCGUGCAUCCCCUCCUUCUCCUCCUUCUCCUGCCGGUGUUUCCGUGCGUGGCGCCCAUUGGCUACCGGCACCCGUCCCCCGGUACCGGCGCUCCGCUCCCUCUGCCCGAGCCCCGCGGAUGGUGGGGGCUGCGUGGGGGAGAGGCGCACGGGCGUGGGGCUGAGGGGCCGCGCAUCCCGCCGCCCGCCCCCAGGCCCCUUCCCACGCCAGGCACGGCGGGGGCGAUGGGCAAGUCCGGCAAGAAGGACUCGCGCCUCCGGUAGCGCCCGGCGGGGCUCGCUCCCUCCGGGAGCGCUUUGCUCUGUCGCGUUUAAGAAAGAGGAAGGGGAAAAGCAUGACACGGAUUCUCCCGGGGAACCGGAGGAAAAUGUACAUCCCGACGACAUGUAAGUACCCGGCGGCUCUGCCCGCUCUUCCCAGAUGUCUCCCGCGGGCAUGAGUCCAUGCAGAAGUUAAGUCUGCAGUUCCAGAGAAGAAAACCUGCCGGCCACCCCCCGCUCCCGGCCCUCCAACUCUGCCAGUCCAGCCUGGUCCUUACGAGAGAGCUCUACCCCGAGCUCCAGAUUGCUAACUGAUCCUACAAGGACACUGCCCUCUGCCCUCUUCCCUGCCUCUGCUAUGGACACUUCUGCUUUUAACCUCCCCACACCGGCUGUGUUGGAGGAGGGGAAUGCCUCCAGUAGCUGGGCAGGCUUCACUACCCCCAACAGCUCCUCCACUGUCAGCCCUGGUGUAAUUGUCAGCGGUGUCCUCAUCCCCGUGGUCUACCUCAUUGUCUGUGUGGUAGGGUUGGCUGGGAAUUCUCUGGUCAUUUACGUGGUCCUGCGGCACUCCGUGAGCGAGUCGGUGACCAACGUGUACAUCUUGAACCUGGCCCUGGCUGAUGAGCUCUUCAUGCUGGGCCUGCCCUUCCUGGCUGCGCAAAAUGCCCUGUCCUACUGGCCCUUUGGCUCUUUCAUGUGCCGCCUGGUGAUGGCCGUGGAUGCCAUCAACCAGUUCACCAGCAUCUUCUGCCUGACGGUGAUGAGCGUUGACCGCUACCUGGCUGUGGUCCACCCAGGGAAGUCCUCCAAAUGGAGGACAGCACGGGUGGCCAAGGCCGUGAGUGUAACCGUGUGGGUGCUGUCUUCCAUAGUGGUGCUGCCCGUGGUUGUCUUCUCAGAUGUCCCUUUAGGGAUGAGUACUUGCCACAUCCAGUGGCCAGAGCCUGCCUCGGUGUGGAGAGCUGGCUUCAUCGUCUACACUGCUACCCUGGGCUUCUUUGGACCACUGCUGGUGAUUUGUCUCUGCUAUCUCCUGAUUGUUGUGAAGGUUCGCUCCUCUGGCAGGCGGGUAAGGGCUCUGUCCUCCAAGCACAAGCUUUCAGAGCGCAGAGUGACCCGCAUGGUGGUGACUGUGGUGGCUGUCUUUGUCCUCUGCUGGCUUCCCUUCUACGUCCUCAACAUAAUCAAUGUUGUCUGCCCACUGCCAGAGGAGCCAUCCCUCUUUGGAGUCUACUUCCUUGUGGUGGUGCUGCCGUAUGCCAACAGCUGUGCCAAUCCCAUCAUCUAUGGCUUCCUCUCCUACCGCUUCAAGCAGGGCUUCCGCAGGGCCAUCUUCAGGCCAUCCCGCCGAGUCCAGAGCCAGGAGGUGCCAGCAUGCUCCCCAGAGAAGAUUGAUGACGAAAGGGAAGAGGGUGAGAUCAGCAAGAUCACCAGGGAUGGAAAUGACAGGCAGGAGCGCCCUCUAAGCAGUGGAGAAGGAAAAAGCAAUGAGCAAAAACCACUCCCUGAGGAGCCUGCGGGAUGCGAAAAGAGCAGCAAGUUGCAUGUCAGUUAUUUAUGAUGAAAGGAGUGGUGCAGGGGAAAGAGACAUUGGGACAUGGGAUCCCCUUCACCUUCUCUGCUUUCAAAGGCAAUGGGAGACGAUACAAGGAAAUAAUAAAGUCCAAGAGUAGGCUUAAAGAUUAAUAGGGCUCCAUGAUCUUGUGGAAGAAGCAAGACAUUGUUCUUGGCUUUGGAAUGGACACCUGAGGUUUGUGUGGUACCAGUGUUACCAGAAAUUGGUAAAAAAUAAAACCUCCCUAACAUUAAUGUAGCGUUAAGAAGCAGGCAUUCUUUAUUUGGCUGGAUGCGUGAGGGGAUAUCUCCUUAAAAUAUCAUGCAUGCUGAGUACCAAAAAAGCUCCCAUUUAUGUACUAUAUUUUACAUACAUGUUCAUUUAUUUUCCCAGUAUAAACAUACAUAUGAUCUUACUUUCCCCAAAACCAUUAAUGUAUUUUCUGUCUCCUUUACACAUGUGUUCUUCUGUCCUGGGAGUCUCUUAGUAGUCCCUUGUGGUUGGUGACCCCAAAGUUAUACCUGACUGCCUGGUGAACUGGUAAAAGUUGGCACAACUGGGCUGGUUGCUUUCGAGUUCUUCCUACAGAAUAAACAUUGUGCAGUUCCAUAGGCCAGUGGCUUUUGAAGAAUAAGCAUUGUA